AUGGUUGACCCUAAUUUGCAAGCUAGGGAUAGAGCUACCCUAAAGCGAACUGUGGCUAUUAAAAGCAUAAGGUCAAUCUUGGAGGUAGGAGUUAGUGCGGUAUCACAGCCUAACUUGGUGACCAAAUUUGUGGCUAUGAUUCAUGGUGUUGAUGAUUUGUGGAAGGCCUUUCAAGCACAAAAUGAUUUAGUAUUAGAUGCUCUAGUUAUUUUAAAUGAGAGUAGUAAUUUUCCAACUGAAUUGGAAAGUGAAGUAUUUGAUAUGGUGAGUGAGAUAUCCGCUUUAAUGGCGAAGUUUAAUGAGAGUAAUGGUAAUGCUAUUAAUGGAAACACUGAUGAUGGUGAUUCAAUGGUGACUUUAUUCCCUGGCCAAUCUUUCAAGAAUAACAAACUUCCAAAAAUUCCACUUCCCAUGUUUUCGGGUAAGUUCAUCGAUUGGCCUUCCUUUAGUGGCCGAUUUCUUACCCAAAUAUACAACAAUACUAGUUUGUCCAAUGAUGAAAAAUAUUAUUAUUUAUGUGGUUGUGUUAGUGGUGAAGCGUUAAAUGUUAUUAAGGGCUUUCACAUGUCACCGGACUGCUACAAACUAGCUUGGAAUGCACUUGAGGCAAAAUAUAAUAAGCCACGUCAAUUAGCUAAUUUAUUGGUGGAGAAAUUAAUAAGUGCAUCUCCGUUGGCUCAAGAGAAUGUUUCAUCGUUGAAUGAUUAUGUUGAAUUGUUUGAAGACAAUAUUUCUUUAUUAAGAUCAUUGUCUAUUCCUGAUGUUGGUGAAUUUAUUUUAUUCACAUUAGCUGUGAGGUGUCUACCUCUUAGUAGUAGAAAACUUUUUGAGGCAACCAAUAUUGAAAACUUCCCUGAUGUAGAGAGUCUGUUUAUGUUCAUACGAGAAAGAAUACGUGUACUAGAAAAUGCAGGUGGGCGAUACAAUAUCGUAGGAGCUAAAGUUGACCAGCGUAAACAAUUUUCUAAGCCAAAGAAAGAAUAUGUUGGGCGUGUGUCGUUUGUAGCUGCUAAAUCCAACGAAGUGCAUAAAUCAGUAUGUUCUGUCUGCUCUGGAUCGCAUAUUAGUUCUUCUUGUUCUCGGCUUCCAUCCAUGUCUUUAAAGGACCGUCAGACUAUUGUUCGGAAAAAGAAAUUGUGUUUUAAUUGUCUGGGCAUUAAUCAUUGGACUGAUCGUUGUCUAAGUACUGACCGGUGUGCUCAAUGUGGUCAGAAACAUCACACUUUAUUGCAUUUCAGUAAAGAGACUGAAAGGGAAGACAUGCCUGUAGCUUUAUCUACAGUGUCAUCAAUAAUUAACACACAUGAAGUAUUAUUAGGAACGGCUUUAGGUCACAUACGUGAUCAGUAUGGUAUAGCACAUCAAGUUCGCAUCCUUAUUGAUUCAGCGUCACAAAUAAGCGCUAUGACAGCAGCAUGUGCCAAGCGGUUAGGUCUGCAUGUGGCUAAGUGGACAGCUCCUGUUAAUGGAUUGGCUGGAGUAUCGGUUCCACAAGUACAAGGUAUUUUGAAGUGUGAUGUCACUCCUAGGCACUCAGAUGAUCCAUCUAUUUCAGUGCAAGCCUGGAUUUUACCAUCUAUUACCUGUGAUAUUCCUAGACGUCCCAUACCUGUUGAUAUGAAGAAACGUGUUGAACAUCUUGCCUUAGCUGAUCCAACUUUUGAUGUUAGUUCCAGUAUAGAUGUUUUAUUAGGUGCUGAUGUGUAUCCGCUUGUCAUGGAUGGUAAGCAAGUAUCUUUGGGCAUUUCUUUACCUGCAGCUUUUAGUUCCAUUUUUGGAUGGGUGAUAAUUGGCUCUGUUGGUGUAGCAAGUAAUUUGAAUGCACCGCAAGUUUGUGUGGCUUCUUUGUCAGUGUCAUUGGAAGAAUUGGUCUCUCGAUUUUGGGAGGUUGAAGAACCUGAAACCUGUGGUCCUCCUGUGACUGAAGACGAUAACUGUGAGGCCAUUAUUCAGAAAAAUAUGAACAUUGACGAUUGUGGGCGUUAUUGUGUUCCUUUGCCUUUUCGUCAUUCUAAUUCCAAGUCUCUGUUGAAAGGUUCUCGCAAGAUGGCAUUGAAACGUUUUGAAAAUUUAGAGAAACGUUUGUGUUCAAAUGAAACGUUAGCUGAAGCUUAUCGGUCCUUUAUGCGUGAGUAUGAAUCGCUUGGUCACAUGCAUGAGACUUCUAAAGUUGGUGACUACUAUAUACCACAUCACGCGGUUGUCAAACCCGGACUGGACGGUCAGGAUAUAAGGCUAAGAGUUGUUUUUGAUGCGUCAGCACGUGCACCAAGUGGAUAUUCACUUAAUGAUUGCUUAUUUCCAGGUCCUAAGUUACAAUCUGAUAUUGUCAAUGUGUUGGCUCUAUUCCGAACCUAUAAGUAUGUGUUUUCAUCCGAUAUCUGUAAAAUGUAUCGUCAGAUUAAUGUGUUGCCUGAGCAUCAAAGUUUCCAACAUAUCCUGUGGCGUGAUUCACCAGAAUGUGAUCUUAAAGAAUUUGAANGAUAG